CCGGGGCUGUGCGCCAUCCCCGCAGGGCUGAGCCUCGGGCGAAUCAGCGCCGAAUCACUGUGGGCUCAGCCACAUUUAAACACUAUGGAGGAGACUGAGCGCGACUGAAUACAGAGCAGGGGGCCAGCGCACUCCGGGGAAACAGGAACCCGCCUUCACACACACAGCGGACAAAUUGCACAGGAAAACGCCAAAAAAGAGAAGCUGGAAUUUUAAAAGGAUUUUUUUCCGGGUGUGAACGAUUUCGAAGUUAAAAUUCAUUGCUGUCACUGAGCAGCAAUUGGAUUCAUUUUUGGGGGCAUUGCAUUGCAUCUGACAAACUUAACUUUCACGUUUCUUGCACAAUCCGUCUGAAACCUUGAGGAUCACAAAGCUGUAAAACCUACAAUUUAGUGGCUGGGAUCGAGAUCUUCUUCUGGGUUUGCGUGGGGCGCUGCUCACCCUCUUUUGUUUUGGGAGUAUAGGUGAAGGGGUUAAAUCCAGACCAGAAAAUCGAGGUUUUCUCGGAGUUGAAGACCGGCUGCGCCUUUUCAUGGAAAUCCACUGUAAGCACGACCCGUUUGCAGCAAUGCAUAGGCAUGGCGGGGUGAAUCAGCUUGGGGGUGUGUUUGUGAAUGGCCGCCCUCUCCCAGAUGUUGUCCGGCAGCGAAUUGUGGAACUGGCCCACCAAGGAGUGAGACCCUGUGAUAUCUCCAGACAGCUCAGAGUGAGCCACGGCUGCGUUAGCAAGAUACUGGGCAGGUACUAUGAGACUGGGAGUAUAAAGCCGGGAGUAAUUGGAGGAUCCAAACCAAAGGUCGCUACACCGAAAGUGGUGGAUAAAAUCGCCGACUACAAGCGUCAAAACCCCACCAUGUUUGCCUGGGAGAUCCGAGAUAGACUGUUGGCGGAACGAGUGUGUGACAAUGAAUCGGUGCCCAGUGUCAGUUCCAUCAACAGGAUUAUUCGAACAAAGGUGCAGCAGCCUCCAAAUCAGCAAUCGCCAGUUUUAUCCCAUACUAUCGCACCAAGCACUGUGCCCGUGACUCCUGUUCCUUCCGCUGUCAAUGAUUCUGCGGGGUCUUCCUAUUCCAUCAGUGGAAUUCUGGGAAUCACACCAUCUAAUAACGAGAAUAACAAGAGGAAACGCAAUGAUGGUGCUCAUGAAAAUCCAAUGCACAAUGGACACUCCCACCCCAGCAGGGAUUUUCUGCGGAAGCAGAUGCGUGGAGAGCUUUUCACACAGCAGCAGCUAGAAGUGUUAGACAGAGUCUUUGAGAGACAACACUACUCAGACAUCUUUACAACUACAGAGCAGAUCAAAUCAGAGCAGAAUGCAGAAUAUUCCGCCAUGGCAUCACUAGCUGGGGGCCUGGAAGAUAUGAAGUCAAGUCUAGCAAAUCCUGCUGAUGUGGGGGCCAGUGUCCCAGGACCUCAAUCUUACCCAAUUAUUACAGAUGUUCUAGGUGUAUGUACCCUGAAAGCAACAGAUGUCUGGGGUGUGGACUCCUUCACCAGAACAGACAUGACAAAUAUGUACCCCAGCAAUACUUCAGAUAUCUCGUGUGUACCUUUCGUAACAGUAGGUGGUUCAGGUCGCGACUUGGCCAGCACGACCCUUCCUGGCUACCCUCCACAUGUGCCCCCCGCUGCACAGGGCAGUUACCCACCCCCAACACUAACAGGAAUGGUGCCUGGAGGUGAUUUUUCUGGAAGCCCAUAUUCCCAUCCGCAGUAUACAACUUAUAAUGACUCCUGGAGAUUUCCCAAUGCUGGAUUAUUAAGUUCCCCCUAUUAUUACAGCAGCGCAGCCCGUGGGUCAGCUCCUUCUGCCGCCACUGCAGCCUACGACCGCCACUAGCCAGGCUGGGGGGAUGCGCAGGCUGCAGGUAGUGAAGAAAUUGUGCACUUACAACACAUAUCAAUCAGGUCUGAGACAACAGGAAAUGUGUGAUGCUGAGAAGGUCAGAUGUGAACUUCCUGCAGGAUAAUCAAACUCCCUCUCGGAACGACUGCUGCCAAACGCUUGCUGUUUUCACUGCGGAGCAACAGAAACUGCUGACCUUGGACCCAACCUGAUAAUUAUACAGGCAACCGACAGAGACCAUCCACUUAUUAUUGAAGAAAGGCUGUUCAUUUUUGUUUAAAUAUUUAAAAAUAUGGUUUUAUUAGGAGGUUGAUAGUUUAUUCUAUAUAAUUAUUUUUCUGGGAAAUAAUUUCAAAACGCGAGGCAGCAAGGGCCUGCCUAUAUUUAAAACCAUGACCUUGAUUACUGAAUCACUGCACUUGAAUAUUUGCAGAGUGUUAUUGGCAAGGGAUAAAGGUAUAUGUACAUUAAUGACACACUGCAUCUUAUCACAAGACCCUCCACCUUAAUCCUUCAUGUACGAGAACAAACUAUACUUAAGGAAUAGCUUCAUUAAAAUUCUUAGGUAUUCUCAAAUAGUUUAAAAGAUUCAGAAUAUUGCACUUACUUUCAGACUAUGAAUUAGAGUUUAUCAAAAUAAUAGUUGGCAAUGAUUAUUUUUAAAAAAAUGAUUAUUGUAGUAUUUUUGUGACAGGAUUUUCUAAAUUACGAGGAGGUCCUACACAGAGGGUCAUAUGGGAACUGAAUCAGAGCAGAUCUUGCACUGCUAGUAACAGGUACACAGGAGAACAGGAAUAUUGAAGCGGUUCUGAAAUGCCCCCAACAUGCUGAAAAAUAGAUAGGACCAUAUAAUUCAGCUGAACCCUUGAGCUUGGUGUAAUGAGGGAGGUCUGGCUCUAUUGCAAAACUACCUUUAAAUGUGUAAGUUCUCAUAUCUAACAGCAAGUGUGAUGACAGCAAACCUGAUAUAAGAACUGCUGUAAACUCCUGUAGACUAGGAAAUUGGAUCCCAAGAUGGCAGCAGAAUUUCAGUCCCAUGGCCUAGAGGGAAAGCCAAGAAAUCAGCGUUGUGAAUGGGAAGGAGUGAGGUGGGUGGAACUGCAACUGGAAUGAGAGGCUAGCAUGACUCAAAGGAGUCUCAAGGCUUCUAAGUGGAGUAUAGAAAAUAUUUCCUGCUCUUAACAGCUCCACAAACCCCUCUAAAGGUUGCCCUCCUCUGGUCUCUCCUCAGCAAGGAUGUGUCCAUCAGCUGGUGUUGCCUUUCAGAGCCGAUGAUGGCCCUCCAGCCACCACCUCACCUCACCCCCAUCCCACUGAAAUUGCAGGCCACUUCCCUUCCCUCCUCCUUGGAGCAUCACUGUUUGCCCAACACUCAGUUCUAGAUUAGUAGAAAUGUUUUCCAGUGUAAUAUUGAGAAGACAAAAGCUAUUAUCUUUGAUUCCAAUCAGUAUCUCUGAGCCACUUCUCACUCAAUGGCAACAAUCUGAGGCUAAACCUGCCUUGCAAUGUUGUUAGCACAUAUGACCCAAGGAUUGGGAACUUCCUUGCCAACAAAAGGAGAACCUAUUUCCUCUUCUAUAACACUGUGUGACUUUUCCUUGCCUUACUGUUACCGAAACUCUCGUCAAUUCCUUGGUCUCCCCUGAACUUGACUGUUCCAGUGCAUGUCUGACCAACAUUCAAUUUUCUAUCCUUUGUAAAUUUGUCAUCCAAAACUCAUCCCCAUAUGUAGACGGGUCCCGUCCUGAAAUGUCACCUAUCCAUGUUUUCCAGGGAUGCUGCCUGACACACUGAGUUACUCCAACGCUUUGUGUUUUUUAAUUCUCAAGUAACUCCUCUGCUACUAAAUUUGGCAGUAUCUUUUCUUGGAAAAAGAUAGAUGCAAAGUAUUCAUUUAAUUCUUGUGCCAUGAUUUCUGUCUCCAUAUAUAAAUCUUUCUUUUGGUUUUGAUCAGCCCUUUCACUCCUCUUGCCCGCUCGUUUGCUAUCUGUAUCCCAAUACAAGGCUUUGAGAUUCCACUUGAUGUUGACAUUUCAGCUACUUUCACAUUCUGUCUUUGCCUCUCAUUUCUUUGUCCAUUCCCCAAUAAACAUUCUUUAAUUGGCCUUUUUGUUGCUUAUAUUAUUAACCUAC